AUGUCUCGCUCUAGGGGCUUCGUCGUAACGAUCCCCUCGAUAAAUUUCGAUCACCUGGGCGGCACUGAAAUCGAACUCGACCAGCCUUCCCUCUCGCCCCCUCGUACGUUCGUUCUUGGCGAGAAACUAUCCGAAGAUUACCAAACGAUGACCCAGGAGGAAUAUGAGCGACAACCAGGGCCUCCGUUUGCCGUCAUUAAGUUCUCUUGUCACAGCCUUCUAGACCCUACUCAGCAGGGCUUCAUGCGGAUCUAUAUGCAGAUCCCUCUUGAUGGUACCUUUUCUAGCGCUCCAGAAAUCCGAGCCCAGCAGGCUGUCAGCCAGUGCACCCACACGGAGCUCAAAGCGCUUGCAUCUCUUGAUCGCGAAAACUGCAUGGCAGUACCGAAAUUGCUUGGAUAUGGGGAAGGGUUGCAAGGUGUCGAAGAAUUUGUGCCUGGUGGUUACAUCAACUACGUUGCGUGGGAACGGGUGCCUGGUGAGCCCGUGGACUACUAUACUUUCUGGAAACGCGACUUUGAAUACCGCCAGCGACUACGUUCCGCCUUUCGUACUGCCUAUGAAGAACUCAGUAGGUGUUCUUGGCAACCUGGACUUACCCCUCCGAGCAAGAUUAUCUACGAUGAUGUGACCAAGGUUAUGCACAUUUCCGGAUUCCGAGGAGCCUAUCCAAUGGACACUGAGCCGUUCUCAGACGAGACCUACGUGUUAUGGGGAUUGGCAAAGCCAUCUGACAGGCUGGAUUGGUAUACUGAUAGCUCGGACUGGACCUGGUAA